UAUUUCGCGUACUCUGGUCACUCUGUUUGGGGCAGUGUUUUUAUUUUUAUUUUGUUUGGCUAUUUAUUUAAAUUUUACCAAUGCAGCCUUUUAUUGUUAUACGCAACUACAAGGCGGACGACGAACUGAAGUACCAGGAGCUGGUGCGGGACUAUAUCAUGUCCUUCUCCAACAAGUCCUUCUUCGUCUUUUGCUUCAGAGAGAUCACCCUGCAGUUCAUAGUCAUUACCUGGGCGAUAUUCUUCAUAUUUCUGGGCGUGCCGCUGCUCUUCUGCGCCCUCACAGUGCCGAUCUGCAUAUUUUGCCUCUUUGUCGGCACAUACUUUUCCUUCUACGCAAAGGCAGUGGAGCUGAUGCGGACGAAGCCAUCGCAAUCCCUGGUGGCCGAGUGCUACGAGCCCUUCAUCUUCCGCUGCUCACCCAAGGAGGCCAGCUACCAGAUCUUCAUUGAGAAUUGUCCCUACGAGGAGUCCGUUAAGAACAAAUUCCGUCGCCGGAUUGUGGCCGCGAUUAGUGUGAAGAACCAUCAUGCUGUUUACAAUGCAGCCUGGAUCUAUCGCUUCGCUUUGGAGCCGAACUAUCCCUACCAGACAAUCAUGGGUCCGAUGGUGAAGCUGCUGGCCAAGAACUGCGUCAGCGGUGGCUACGCCUCACUGGAGUGCACAAUGUCCGAGUGGCAGGAGUGCGAGCGAGACUUCUAUGACGACUUUGGCUUCGUCACGCGGCAAAUAUACCACAAGAAGAUCAUCGGCAGCAGCCUGUCGGUGAUGAAGACCCAGCUUACGUAUAGUCUGCGAGCAGAUGAGGCUCUUCACAAGCAACACUAGUGGCAUACCCAUGGUGCAAUAUAUCCAUAUAGAGAAUCUCGAUAUGUUCUGUGAAAUCUAGUUCAAUAUUUACGUAUUUAUUCUGUGAA